UCUCUCUCUCUCUCUCUCUCUCUCUCUCUCUUUCUCCAGCUGUUGCUAGCUGUCCCCUCUUGCCUUGUCAUGUGAUCCCCCCUUCUCUUCCUCCAUAUCUUCACCCCUACCUACAACAUAAGAAAAUUCAACUCCCACCCCCACCACAUCACCAACAGCAACAACAAACAAAGAAAACACAGAGGGAGGGAGAGAGAGAGAGAGAGCCAACUCCAGGAACACAAACAAAUUGAGUGUUAAUUAUUUGAAUUUGAAUUGAAAGAGAAGAUCUCUGCAGUCUCAUUACUUAUCCAUUGGGCUUCAAGCAAACAAGGCUCUUACAUCUAGGCGGCAUUGCUUGGCCGGUCUCGAACCAAGCGCUUUUUGUGCGCGCGCGCGCGUGAGAGAGAGAGAGAGAGAGCUAUGGCUCAGCUCCCUCCCAAGAUCCCCACCACCAUGCCCCCAAUCUGGGCCAACUUCGGCCUCCAACGUCCCCCCUUCUCCAUCCCUGCGUCCGGCUCCCCCCUCCUCCCCACCCCCUCGCCGCCAGCUCCCGGCUCCCAGCAUUCGUGGGUCGACGAAUUCCUCGACUUCUCCUCGGCCAAGCGCAGCUCCCACCGCCGCUCUGCCAGCGACUCAAUCACCUUCGUCGAGGCUGCCGCCACCGCCGAAUUCGAUGGCCUUGACGACCACCAGCUCAUGUCCAUGUUCCCUGACGACGUCCCCCCGUCUUCAUCCCCCUCCGCCGGUGCCACGCUCCCCGUCUCGUCUUCCAACCCGUCCACGCCGUCCGACCACAACAGCAUCAACGAUGACAAGCCUGCCACCUUGUCCGACCAGCUGACCGCAGUGAUGGAGUCAGCUGAGGAGGCGCAGAGUGCCCGCAAGGCCGGGCCGCCGGCGCCGGCACAAGCUCAAGCGGCCGCAGGGCCGGACCCCAAGAGAGUCAAGAGGAUAUUAGCCAACCGGCAGUCCGCGCAGAGGUCGCGAGUGAGGAAGCUGCAGUACAUCUCGGAGCUCGAGCGCAGCGUAACAACGUUGCAGACCGAGGUGUCAGCCCUGUCGCCUCGGGUCGCAUUCCUCGAUCACCAGCGCUCCAUUCUUACGGUGGGGAACAGCCAUCUCAAGCAGCGGAUUGCAGCCUUGGCGCAGGACAAAAUCUUUAAAGAUGCCCACCAAGAAGCAUUAAGGAACGAGAUCGAGAGGCUAAAGCAAGUAUAUCGCCAGCAGAAUCUUAAAAGAAUGCCUGCUCCCACCUCUGAUCACCCCAUGCGCACAGGGAAAGAGCUGGCUAGCUGACACAAGAAUGGCUCAGGAGAAAAUGCUCGCAGAGGUGACAAAAGUUUGCUUCUUAGAGGUUGAGGUGAUGCUGUUAAUUAAGCAGGAGAAAUUAUGGUUACGGAGGUGGUGAAUGUGUUCUUUUGUGUAUUUCAUUUUUUAUUUGUUACUUUUCUUACCAAAAAAAAAAAAAACUAAUUUCCAGAUGGUGGUCAUGGGAGUGCAGUAAUCCAAGGUUUAGGAAACUGAGGUGCAUGAAAGGGUCAUGUUUACUAUUUUGUUGAGUGUUUUUCCUUCUUUCAAAUGAAAAAUAUUUCCAUGUACCUGAUUUUUUUCUUGACAUGGGGGCUUGCGGUUUUCCAAAAGAAAAAAAAAAAAAAGAGAGCUCAUGAUA